AGAUAAAAGGGAAAAUAUGACCAAAAAUAGGUAUUUAAUCUCAUUUUUAUUUUGUUUUUUUUUCCCUUUCUUUCUUUCUUUUCUUCAUGAUGAUGCAAAUAUCUACCCUUAAUAACAUAGUGGAUUUCCAACAUGGCCUAGCAAAGAAUGUGUGUUUGCGUGUACGACAUAGUGUGGAUAAUUUGAUUUAUUUCACUGCAUUUAACGUAAAGACAUUGUUAGAAUGCUCUAAAGAAAGACUCUAUUAUCAGCAAAAAUUGUUGCCUACAUUACCUGUCUUUAUUAGGCAUAUCUUUCAUCAUUGUAAACUAACACCUACUAUUUUGGUGGUUGCACUUAUUUAUCUUGAAAGGUUAAGAAAUGGGUUACCACAUCAAUCAAAAGGAGAAUUCGAUACACCUUACAAGAUAUUCAUUGCAGCUGUCAUCUUGGCUACAAAAUUCAUUGAAGACAAAAGCACAAUUACUCAAUCAAUCUAUCGACUUGUAGCUCCGCUCUAUCACGCUAAAGAAAUCAAUGAGAUGGAAAGAAGCUUUUUAGGCGUAGUUAAGGUAUAUUGAAAAAAAAAAAGAGGGAGAGGGAUAUAAUACAAAAGUAACUCAUCUUUAUUGUAGUAUCAAUUGUUUGUCAAUCUUUCAGAAGUUUCCCAGUUUGUUGAGAAUCACAAAGAUAAACUUGAAUUAGAGCUCGAUAUUCAAUAACCAACAUACCCCCUUUCUCUUUUGUAAAUAACUUGUACACAAAAAAAAAACCUUAUAGGCAAUGUCUUUGCAUAAAUCAUCCUAAUAAAUAAAAAAGUUGCGUACUGUUUCUAAUGC